GUCGCCAUUUUGAUGAUUAAUCCUCACUUGUCACUUCAUAUUUCAUGAAAUUGGCCCGUCUACCCGAUUUUGUAAGUUAGAUAAAAACGAAAAUUCGUAAGGUAUUAAUAGAAAAUUUCUUAAAAUAACUUCAGGCGAUGUCUGACCGAAAACGCUUGCUAGAUGAUCUCCGUGUUAUAGACCUACGCGCUGAGCUAGAGAAACGCAACUUAGACAAGAGCGGCGUUCGCGGUGUGCUCAUAAAACGUUUGACUAAGCAUUUGGUGGAAGAGGGCCAUGACCCGGAAACGUUUACAUUCGAAUUGAGUGGAACAGAGCCGAAGACUCCUUCAAAAAGAUCAAGACGGACAGAAAGUUCUGUAGAUCCGACCGACACGGAAGAUACUCCCGCUUUAGAAGAUAUGAUAGUUCAAGAUACGGCGGGCGAAGAGGAACAAACUGAUAAUACUGAAGAAAAUAAAGCAGAAGCUGCCAAGGAAAGCCCAACGAAACCUGACUUAAAAAUGGAUGUAGAUGAAAGUGAAAAAGUCAACAGAAAACGAGAGAGCAAGGAUGAGCCUGAAGCUACUCAAGCCAAGAAACAAUGCACUGACAAAGAUGUUAAGAUUGAGGAAAAACUGGAGAACACAGAUGCUGAGGACAGCAUCAACUUAGAUAUUGGAGAUGAUGAACUUUUAAAUGAAGAGACUGACAACAAUGCAAAAAAUAAAAAAGAUGACGACGCGAGCGAGGAACCUGCACCCGCCUCCAGCGACGAUGCGGCGCAGAAGGACUCCACCACGGCGGACAUCACCACCAAUGAAAAUCAACAAGUAACUUCUGAAGCAGCAGCCACUAGCAUUGAUACAGAGAAAAGUGAUAAGGAUGAAAAAGAUGAUAAGGACAAAGAUGGAGAUGAUAAAAGAGAAAAGAAAGAUGAUAAUAAAGAAGGAGGGGCUCGUAACCUAUGGGUCAGUGGGCUAUCUGGAGACACUCGAGCUAAAGAUCUGAAACAGCUGUGCAGCAAACAUGGCAAGGUAAUAGGAGCUAAAGUGGUAACAAAUGCACGCACACCUGGCUCUCGAUGCUAUGGAUACGUGACGAUGGCAAGCGCUCAAGAUGCUGAGAAUUGCAUCAAAAAUUUACAUAGAACAGAACUUCAUGGGCGUAUGAUAUCUGUCGAGAAGGCUAAAUCAGAAUCAGAAUCAUCAACGCGUCGCCAACCAUCGGCUGGUCGGCCUGAACGCCGUACCAGUAAGGAUAGAAAAGACGAAGCUAAGGAAAACCAAGAUGAUAAGGAAGGCACCGACAAGACUAGCGAACCGAAAGCAAAGAAGGAAGGCGACGUUUCUGGCGCCGAAAGUACCAGGUCCACGUCAGAGUCUCGGGGAAAGUCGCAUCGAUCAGAUAAGGACAAAACUAGACAUAGUUCAAGGAACCGCGAAACUAGGCGGUCUCCUGCGCGGGAAGUGCUUUCGUUUUCUCGGAUAUGGAAAGAACGUGACGUAGCCAGAGCGCGCGAACGUUCGCGAGCCGCUCGCGAAGAGGAACGACGUCGGCGCGCGGCCGAAGAUGCGUUACGGGAGCGCGAGCGCAGACAGCGUAUUGAGAAAAACCGCCUCGCUGUUGAACGUGAAAAGCUGCGUGCAGAGAGGGAGAAAAUUGAACGGGAAAAGAACGAGCUAUUACGUUUAGAACGCGAAAGACAUAGACUUGAAAGAGAAAAAUUAGAAUUGGAGAGAUUGGAGUUGAAGAGAGCGCAACUAAGACUAGAAGAAGAGCGUCGCAAGCGCGGCUACGAGAGUGGCACUUACCGCAAGCCUGCAGUCAGCCCGCCACCCGAGCCCGCCUACGAGCGAGACUCGCGACACAAGCGACCACCGCCGCCGCAAAUGGCCUCAGGUCGCGGGCAGUUCGAGGCGCCGCCUCCGCCGCGGUUUGAGAUGCCGACCAACUAUGAUCGCGGUAAUGACAAGCGCGACCGCGACCGCGACUACAAACGGGACUACCCAAGGCAUGUCUCCUCUGGUAACAUGAAGUACCCCAGUAAUGGCAGCACAAAUGAAGACACACGGCAACAAAUGCCUCCUGGCACGAGACUAAAAGAACCUGGCCGGUCAUACGACGCUCGAGAAGGUCGCUCGUAUCGCCCAUCACCCCCAGGCAAACCGGAACCACGAAAUUGGAAUGCUUCUAAUCGGUACCCCGAUGCGGCAGCAGCUUCUAAAGGUAUUAAAGGAAGCGUAAGCGGUGGCGGCACUAGCGGUGGCGGCGAGGCGUGGACGGGUGGCGAGCCCCGCUAUGGUGGCGGUGGUGCGUACGAGCCGCGAUAUCCGCCCUCUUACCCCGCGCCCCCACCCGCCGCCACUUACCCCGACCGCUACCCCUCCGGCCGGGAGUACGCGCGCAAGUACUGACACCUACCCACAGUGUCUACCAAGUACAGGCGCUACAGACGCCGUACGGUACAUUGAUGGGACUCCACUGUAAUCCAAUUUCGCCAUGUCGUUUGUGUUUUAGUGUUAAUGUAUAUUUAGUUAUUAAAUAAAUAAUGUUUCAUUCCCUUUAUUCUUUUACAAUAAAAUAUUGUAGAUACUAUUUGCUGUAACAUGCAAAAACAAAUUUGCCUUAUUCUUGAUAUACCUAAGGCUAUGUCUGUGUUAAGAGUAAUUAUUUAGGUUAAUGUGUUAUUUUAUUUUAUAUUAAAUUUGAUCUUUCAAAUA